GGCCUGAAGAGGGCAACAGAGAGCUAGAAUGUGACAAUAGUCUUGAGAAUGUAGGAAUUUAGCUGGAAAGGGGAACAUUUAGGAUUUGUUUAAGGGAGAACAGAUGUGAAGUUGCUCAUUCCAGAUAACUCCCUGCAGCAAACAAUAGACAGUUUUCACAGGAAAAUUCUUUUUGCAUGAAACAUCUUUUUAUGUGUUUUUGAAGAUAACACCUCAAAAUGUCAUCCAGGCUUGCAAACUGCACCAGUUCAGUGAGAUAGAGCAAAAAUCAUCAAAAAUAAAUGCUAUAUAAAGAAGAAGAAGAAGAAGCAUGAAAAUAGCUUCCAUGAAUCUAAAUAACUACAAAUAAAUGAGCAUUGUGUCCUGUGGGAAAUAGUACUAAAUUCACUUCUUUAGCAGUCUAACACUCCUUCUUCCCACAGAGGUAAUGAUGAAAUGAAAAAAACUCAGUUCCUUGGAAUAAGUGAAGGGAGGAGAAAUUAUACAAGAGUAGAAAAGGGCUUACGGAGAAGACUUGCAUCACAACUGCGGAGCGGAACGGCUGAGCUUUCUACGAAUGUUUGUAGUCUAUGGGCUAACACUAUUUCUUAAAAAUUAGAUUAUAACUCUGACUUCAGCUUCAGAUAUGUCUAUCAUCACUAUUGUGGCACUCCUGGUUUUCCUGGCAAUCCCCGAGGGUAUCAGUCUGGAGGGUCAUGAAGUGACCCAGCGAUGUCGAUGCAUCAGCAGGGAGACAAGGUUCAUUCGACUUCGUAACAUAGAAGAGGUGGAGGUGAACCCUCGCAGCUCCCACUGCAAUGACAUUGAGAUUAUUGCUCUUAAAAAGGGUGGGCAAAGGAUUUGUCUGCACCCGGACGCUCCUUGGGUCAAAAAAAUGCUUGAAAUGAGGAAACUGGCAGGGUAGACAACUUAAAGACCAACCUUCACAGAUCUGGCUCAGAGGGAAAGAUCUGUUAGAGUCACAUUUUCAUCACCACUUAAGUUCAAAGUGGAAGCACAGACUGCACUGAUGGAGCACAGAGAGCUAAACUUUUCCAUUCCACAAAUAAAGGCAUGGUGCCGGUGGCUUGGUGAUGGUUUUUUGUAAGCAAUUAAAACACUUUGAUGAAUGCAAAUAAUUGUAAAAGAACAGUGAGUUAAAUGAACGAUAUAAAUGGUAUAUAUUUGCAGACUGCAGGAUAGAAUGAAAUUCAAAUGUAGUGUCUGUGUACAAACUUGUGUUUCCAGCCUUGUUGUUGUUUUUACGUAUCAGCUUUGUUUGCAUGUUUUCUACAGUAGAGAUUCUAUACAGUAGAUGUUUUAAAUAAUCAAAGUCAUGUGUUCGCCUAUGUCUACAAAAAAACAUGCAUAAACAUUUUCAUCUGAAAUACUAAGACAAUGAUUUUGAAUAAAUUGUGACAUGAUUUACAAACCAGAAA